AUGCAUGCUGCCGUCGUCACUGAUUUUGGUCAACCACCGAAGUACACCACUGCUCCUGACCUUCCGCCUCCGUCACCGGAGCAGCUUCGCCUGCGCGUUCUGGCUGCGGGUGUGCCCAAUGUUGCCAGGAUGAUAGCAGCAGGAAAGCACUUCAUUAGCGCCUCCCUUCCAUAUAUCCCUGGAAUCGAUGGGGUUGGGAUCGACGAGUCUGUCAGCCCUGCGCAAAAAUAUUACUUCACCACCCUACCUGCUAACACAGGGUCUCUGUCCGAGUACGUCAACAUCGAGCGCAAAGUUGCGGUGCCCUUGCCGGACGACAUCGACGAGAAAUCUAUUGUGGCGCUAGUCAACCCAGCGCAGAGCAGCUGGAUGGCUAUCAGGCAUCGAACAAGCAAUCUGCCUCAGGGAUGGUCAGUCGCGAUCCUGGGCGCCACAAGUGCUAGUGGCCGGAUCGCUGUCGGCAUUGCGAAGGCGCUGGGGGCCGGUCGUGUCAUUGGCAUUGCACGGGGUGAGAAAGCGUUGGCAGAGGUCGACGGCCUGGACGAAAAGAUAGUUCUUGACGGCACAGACCCGGCCAAGACGGACUUUUCUAAGCUGGGUGGUCAGGUUGAUGUGGUCUUGGACUACGUGUACGGCCCAGCCAUUCUUGCGCUGCUUUCGGCACUGAGGCCUACGGCAGAGGUACAAUAUGUUCAGAUCGGGGUUCUGAGUGGAGGAGAUACCACACUGCCUGCUGCCCUGCUGAGGAGCAAGAUGAUUACAAUGAGAGGGGCAGGCCCGGGCUCGUGGACAAUGGCACAGUUAGCAGGAGAGGCAGCGGACAUGGUCGGGGCGGUGAAAGGGUUGAAGGCAGAUUCAUUGUACGUUGCAAAACUGGAAGACGUUGAGUCUGUGUGGAACAGCCCAGACGUGAAGGGGAAGAGGCUUGUUUUUGUGCCUUGA